AUGGAGCUGCUCGCUGCGCUGCUGCUCCUGCAGGUUACUGCUGCCAACGCUUUUUCUCGUGAGAUUGAAAAUAUCCAUCUAAGGCAAGCCAUCCAAAAGAGGAAUGUUCAGUGGAUAGAUUAUUAUCAAUUAGACAGUCUACGUCCUCUACGUCGUACAAAAAGGACCUGGAUUAUCACUACCAUUGAUAUUCAAGAGGAGGACAAAGGACCAUUCCCAAAAUACGCUGGACAGCUGUUCAAUAACAAAUCAUUUAAUACAUCAAUAAAAUACUUAAUCAGUGGACCUGGGGUAGAUGAAUCUCCAGAGAUUGGAUUGUUUUCUAUAGAAGAUGAUGCUAAUGGACAUGUCUUUGUACAUCGUACCAUUGACAGAGAAAAGACCUCAACUUUUCAGAUACGUUUUGAUAUUGUGCACAGAAAAACUGGUCAACCAUUGGACCAUCCUUUACUUUUCAAGAUAGACGUUAAGGAUAUUAAUGACAACGCACCCGAGUUUCCCAAGGAGGAAUAUAGUGUUACAAUAAGAGAGACCCACAGUAAAGAUGAGCCAGUUUUUCAAGUUACUGCCUUGGACAAAGAUGAAGAUGGCAGUGCAAAUUCUCAGGUGUCCUAUUCUCUAAGUAUGCAAAAGCCCCUUUCAGAUGGAUUCAAAUUUAAUAUUGAUCCUGCCACAGGAUUAAUACUUCUGUCAGGAUGCUUGGAUUAUGAGACUGCCAGCUCUUUCAAACUUCUGAUUAAAGCCAGUGACCAUGGAACUCCCCAGCUGUCAUCUACUGUAACAGUGAAUGUAGCUGUUGAAGAUGCAAACAACCACCGUCCUGUGUUUACUAGUGAUAAUUACCAGCUGCAGAUUUCAGCAGGUCAAGAACAUCCAGCUGUACUAAGGCUCCACGUGGAAGAUAAAGACUCUCCCAACACUCCUGCUUGGAGAGCAAAAUACAGAGUGAUGAAAGGCAAUGAGAAGGAACAGUUCACCAUUGAGACAGACCCAGACACAAACGAAGGCAUUUUGAGUAUUACCAAGCCUAUCGACUAUGAAGAUGCCUCUGAGAUGAGACUUGUCAUUUCUGUAGAAAAUGAAGAAGCUUUUUUCCUCUGUAAAAAUGGCACUGUGAUGAUCCCAAGUCUAGAAUCCACAAAUACAACUGUGUACAUCAAGGUCUUGGAGUCACAACGUGUUCUGAGGUUUCAUCCUCCUAUACUUAUUGUCCAAAGAGAAGAUUCAGUGAAGCCUGGGAGAGUGUUUAGGAGGUAUCCUGCCACAUAUCCAGAUGAUGUGCCCAAUAAGAUAAAAUAUGAACUAGCCCAUGACCCAGACAGUUGGCUGAGUGUGGAUGAGAAUUCUGGAAUUCUUACUGUGGCAAAAGAAUUUGAUCAAGAAUCUCCUCAUGUGAACAACAGCCUAUACACCAUCAUUGUUCAUGGUAUUGAUCAUGGUAUUCCACCACAGACUGCUACUGGCACUAUCCUGCUUUACUUGUCUGACAUUAAUGAUCAUAUGCCAAUGUUAGUGGAUCCUUCUUUAGAUGUGUGUGACAAAAAUGAAGGGACCCCUCUCAUUAUUAAAGCUAAGUCUGCUCCCAUCAGUUCACAUUCUGGGCCAUUUACAUUUGAGCUGGCUGAGGACUCUGAAGAUGUGAAGCAUAAUUGGAAAUUAGGAAGAAACUUUGGGGAGUCAGUUGAGCUUUUAAUGUUAAGAAGUCUCCCACAAGGUACCUACUUGGUGCCCAUCAUUAUUCAGGACAGCCAAGGAUUUUCUACAAGGCAGAAUCAGCAAGUUAGGCUUUGCUUUUGCCCAGAUGGACAUACAUGCAAAGAUUCUCCACUUCCACAAACAGCAGUGAGACUUGGAGGUAGUGCCAUUGCAAUAAUAGUGAUGGUUUUCUUAUUACUACUGGGAUCUAAAAGCAAAGCCAUUAUUCUACCUGGAGAAAGUGAACAGACUUUCAUUAAUUAUAAUGAAGAGAGCGGAACAUAUUGGUCUCAGGUUAAGCUGGAUCUAACAGAUCAUGCUGCUCUCCCACCUGUGUCUGUGAAGUCUGGAAAAGCAUCGAUUGCUGAGGUAACCGCCUGUUUGCUUAUACAAAUGCCCUUUUUCUAUACCACACAAUUUGAUAAUCCCAAGGAUGAGGAUAGCCUGUACUCUAGUUAUGAGGCAUUCCGAACAAGACACCUUGAUCACAUCACACAGACAGUGGACAAAAUACUGGGUCAGAAACUGUAUUACCAAAACGCACUGGAAGAUUAUGGGGCCAUCUAUGAACCCUACAGAUAUGCUGAAGAAGGAGACCUAGAACAAAGUCACUCUGUCUGCUCUGGCUCCAUUGGCAGUGAGGAUGUGCCUGCUGAUUUUUUGAACACUCUGGGACCAAAGUUUUCUGCUCUGGAAGGAAUCUGUCAGAAGCAAUUUCCAUCAUUCAAUUAA